AUGGCAUGUGAGACUCAUACUGCGGCAGUAUUGGAAGAGAUUGGUCAAGGUCUGAAGCUCGUCAGUCAGCCCAUACCAGAGCCAGUAUAUGGCAGUGCAGUCAUCAGAGUCCUUGCAACUCCUAUCUCGCCAACUACUAACCGUGUUAUCACUGGUAAAUUUCCUGUAGGGCUCAACACCCCUGUAAUGCCAUCCUCCUCCGCUGUUGCACGUGUGUAUGCUGUUGGGCCUGAUGCAACAUUGUUGAAGCCUGGUCAACUCGUCUUCUACGAUUUCUGCAUUCGAAGCAGAGAUGAUUACGACACGAGCAUCUUGCAAGGGUACAUGGGUGAUAAUAAGACCUUCGAGGCAGCUUGGACGCACGGAACCUUUGCACAAUACGCUUGUGUACCGCUUGAGAGACUCUGGGUCUUGAACGAGGAUCUAUUAGUCAACAAGCUCAAAUACACGUUUGCUGAACUUGCUUUUCUGGGCACCAUCAGUAUUGCCGUCGCUGGCCUCAUUGACAUUGACACAAGACCUGGUGACACAGUCAUCGUCGCACCUGCCACAGGCUGUUUUGGAGGCUCUGCUGCACAUGCUGCGAUCGCAAUGGGCGCGAGAGUCAUUGCUUGUGGGAGGAACGAAGAAAUACUCUCGAAGAUGACCGAUACAUUCAAGUCGAGUGGUCGCUUUAAAACAGUCAAGAUGACGGGUGACGUUGAGAUUGACACUGCAGCCAUCAAAGCUGCCGCAGGAUCCGAGAAAGGCACUGACAAGUACAUCGACUUCUCACCACCACAGUCAGUUGGCAGCAAGCAUAUACUCUCAUGCAUAUCAGCUGUCCGUCCAUUUGGCAAUGUUUCCUUCAUGGGUGCGGUCUUCGCUGAAGUCGGUAUCCCAUAUUUUCUACUGGUGAAAAACAGCAUCCGGAUUCAGGGCCGAUACAUGUUUGAACGUACCCACGGCGAGCAAGCAAUCAAGCUGGUGGAAAGUGGUCAUAUGAAGCUUGGUGCUGGUGAUAAUAGUGGUAUGCAUAUUGAGUCUUUCGGUCUACAGGAUCUAGGUAAGGCAUUGGAUCAGGCAGAACAACAUGGCAAAUGGGCUCACAUGGUCGUGCUUGAGCCUUAA